UUUUCUUCGCCACCAUCCUUAUAUAAAAGGAGGCCAAUAAAUAUUCGUGCCUACUUUCUCUUUCUAUAUAUAUAAACUAUAGUCCUCAUCAAAAAAUAUAUACACAUAAACUAUAGUAUACUCUUCCCACUUUCACUUUCACAUAUAGACUAUAUAUAAAAUAUAUUAGUCUUGCUGUUUUCUUCGGCUAAUUGCUGCAGAGAAUGGCUGCUGGAGUGUAUAACCAACCAAUUGUUGCUUUUCAAUCCCAUUCUCACAUCAACAAUUUUAAUCAUCAGCAAAAGUUUAAUAAUUUGGUAAGACUGGUGACAAAGGACUUUAUCGGCAGUAAUUUCCUCUCAAGAAGGGAUUGUAGAGUAAUUCAAUCUUUAGCAUCUCAAACAUCUGUGGUUGACACAGUUUCAUCCCCUUCAAAAAGCAAAACUAGUGAUAGAGACACUCACAAGAAAUCAAAUGAAGCUUCUUUAAUCCUUAUUCGACAUGGUGAAUCCUUGUGGAACGAAAAGAACUUGUUCACAGGCUGUGUUGAUGUCCCUCUAAGCAAGAGGGGUAUAGAUGAGGCAAUUGAAGCUGGCAAAAGAAUUAGCAGUAUUCCUGUGGAUCUCAUAUUUACAUCUGCUUUGAUUCGAGCGCAGAUGACAGCCAUGCUUGCCAUGACACAGCACCGCCGCAGGAAGGUGCCUAUCAUAAUGCACAAUGAAAGUGAACAAGCAAGGGGAUGGAGUCAAGUUUUUAGUGAGGAUACAGAAAAGCAAUCCAUUCCAGUCAUAGCAGCUUGGCAAUUGAAUGAAAGAAUGUAUGGGGAACUACAGGGUCUCAAUAAGCAAGAAACAGCAGACAGAUAUGGGAAAGAACAAGUACAUGAGUGGCGUCGAAGUUAUGACAUACCUCCUCCAAAUGGUGAAAGUUUGGAAAUGUGUGCUGAAAGGGCAGUUUCCUAUUUCAGAGACCAAAUUGAACCUCAACUUUUAUCUGGAAAGAAUGUUAUGAUUUCAGCUCAUGGGAAUUCACUGAGAUCCAUUAUUAUGUAUCUUGACAAACUAACUUCCCAAGAGGUGAUUAGUUUAGAAUUGUCAACUGGAAUUCCAAUGCUUUACAUUUUUAAAGAAGGAAGAUUCGUUAGGAGAGGGAGUCCGAUAGGGCCCACUGAAGCAGGAGUUUAUGCCUACACUAGGCGUUUGGCUCUUUACAGGCAGAGGUUGGAUGAUAUGUUCCAAUAAUUUUUUGAAGGGUUAGGGAAUACAUCACACGUUAAUCAGCAGUAAAGUAUUACAUAAGGGGUAAAAAAGAUGUUAUCAGUGUUACAGUUAGAUUGCAUGAAAAUUUGAGAGGAGUUUAACACAGUUUCGAACUAGUGGAUUAGGAUCCAUGCUUGACUCCAGUGUUGUUCUCAUAUGGUGAAGGAGUAAUUGCUUCCAUGUGCCUAUAUAUAUACAAAUAAAUCAUUGAAUCUUAGAAAUGUUUUCGUGUCUAUUACAAUUAAUUGUAAAUGAGUUGUCAUGUGAAUUUAAUUGGACAUUCGGAAUGUUUUUAUAUAUAGAAACUUAUUACUUAACCCAGAAUGCUCAUAACUUUUAUUUGCUCA